GGUCUCACUCUCUGUCAUCAUCCAACAUGACACUUUCCUUCUCUUUUCCCUUGCUCUUGCGUCUCUACAAAGCCCACUAACUCUUCCGCUCUUUCGACCCUCCUCCUCCUCUGCUAUUGUUUUGUCUAUUGUUGCUUCCUCUUGUUGCUUCCCAUGGCUUUGGCUCUCCCUGCAUUCUUCUUCCCUUCCCAAAAACCCUCUCUUUUGUCUUCCCACUGGCUUGGAGGGGCUGACCUCCAUUCCUACCAGCAUCAGUAUAGACUUCUCAAGACUAGGAAAAAGCCAUGUGUUGGUGCAUCACUGUCAGAGCGUGGAGAGUAUCAUUCACAGAGACCUCCAACUCCUCUCUUGGACACUAUCAACUUUCCCAUCCACAUGAAGAAUCUCUCAAUCAAGGAGCUUAAACAACUCGCAGAUGAGCUCCGUUCGGACAUCAUCUUCCAUGUCUCAGAAACCGGAGGUCAUCUUGGCUCGAGCCUUGGUGUUGUUGAGCUAACAGUUGCCCUCCACCAUGCCUUCAAUGCUCCUCAAGAUAAGAUACUCUGGGAUGUUGGCCACCAGUCAUAUCCACACAAAAUUUUGACAGGGAGGAGAGACAAGAUGCCAACUUUGAGACAGAAGAAUGGCUUAUCGGGGUUCACUAAACGCUCGGAGAGCGAGUAUGACUCCUUUGGUGCUGGUCACAGUUCCACCAGUAUCUCGGCAGCCCUUGGGAUGGCUGUUGGAAGAGACCUGAAGGGAAGAAAGAACAACGUGAUCGCGGUAAUAGGAGAUGGAGCCAUGACCGCGGGACAGGCAUAUGAGGCUAUGAACAAUGCUGGAUAUCUUGAUUCAGACAUGAUUGUCAUACUGAAUGACAACAAUCAGGUUUCUCUGCCCACUGCUAAUCUUGAUGGGCCUAUACCACCAGUUGGAGCUUUGAGCAGUGCUCUCAGUAGAUUGCAGUCUAGCCGGCCUCUGAGAGAACUCAGGGAGGUAGCCAAGGGAGUCACAAAGCAGAUUGGUGGGUCAAUGCAUGAACUAGCUGCAAAAGUUGAUGAAUAUGCUCGAGGAAUGAUUAGUGGAUCUGGUUCAACAUUGUUUGAAGAGCUCGGUCUCUACUACAUAGGUCCAGUUGAUGGUCACAACAUGGAUGACCUCGUCACCAUUCUCAAAGAGGUUAAGAGCACAAAAACAACAGGCCCCGUUUUCAUCCAUGUUGUAACUGAGAAAGGAAGAGGAUACCCCUAUGCGGAGAGAGCUGCUGACAAGUAUCAUGGUGUCGCGAAAUUUGAUCCAGCAAGUGGGAAGCAAUUCAAAUCUAGUACCAAGACUCAGUCUUACACAAAAUACUUUGCUGAGGCUUUGAUAGCUGAAGCAGAGGUGGACAAAGAUAUUGUUGCAAUCCAUGCAGCAAUGGGAGGGGGAACAGGCCUCAACUACUUUGUUCGCCGCUUUCCAGCAAGGUGCUUUGAUGUUGGAAUCGCAGAGCAGCAUGCUGUCACAUUUGCAGCUGGUCUAGCCUGUGAAGGCCUUAAGCCCUUCUGCGCAAUCUACUCAUCGUUCUUGCAACGGGCUUACGAUCAGGUGAUACAUGAUGUGGAUCUGCAGAAACUGCCGGUAAGGUUUGCGAUGGAUCGAGCAGGGCUCGUUGGGGCCGAUGGACCGACUCAUUGUGGAUCAUUCGAUGUCACAUACAUGGCAUGCCUGCCAAAUAUGGUGGUCAUGGCUCCUUCAGACGAGGCUGAGCUGUUUCACAUGGUUGCCACUGCAGCAGCCAUCGACGACCGGCCAUCUUGUUUCCGAUAUCCAAGAGGUAAUGGGGUUGGUGUUCCUCUACCUGCAGGAAACAAGGGUGUCCCUCUUGAGGUGGGCAAAGGUAGGAUACUGAUUGAGGGUGAGAGGGUGGCACUUCUGGGAUAUGGAGCAGCUGUUCAAGCCUGCUUGGCUGCUGCUUCCCUGGUACAGCAACAUGGCCUGAAAGUAACGGUUGCGGAUGCGCGCUUCUGCAAGCCAUUGGAUCGCGCCCUCGUUCGAAGCCUAGUGAAAUCGCAUGAGGUUCUGAUCACAGUUGAAGAAGGCUCCAUCGGGGGAUUCGGCUCUCAUGUUGCUCAGUUCAUGGCUCUUGAUGGCCUCCUUGAUGGCACAACUAAGUGGAGACCAAUGGUUCUUCCAGAUGGAUACAUUGACCAUGGAUCACCAGCUGAUCAGUUAGAAGAGGCUGGCUUGACACCAUAUCAUAUAGCAGCUACUGUAUUUAGUAUUCUUGGACAAACUAGAGAGGCUCUUGAAAUCAUGUCAUAGUGAGAAAACAACAGGUAAGUAGAUAAAGAGGGUGGUCUUUGUCCCCUUGACUGUAAAUUUUGAUGUUAGUGUGGUAAGAAGAAAACAGGUCUUUGAGCUAGUCUGAAUGCAAAAUGAUUCACUUGACCAAA